GUAGCGCAGCGCCCACCUCCCAUCUUGGCUCCUAUUGCUUAGAAUGAGACGGCGGAAAGGACGCCAACAGUUGCUAGGUUGCCGUGUAACCACUGCGACCCACAGUUUGAAAAAGAGACGCGGCGUGCGGUUCUAGUGGAGAAGCCGUUGUGAGGAGAGUUCAUAUGGACAAUCCCUUUGGGUUCAUGGAUCCUAAUGCUGUACCUUGUACAUCUUUCUCCUCUGGAAAGGCACAUAUGACAGAAGGGCCUAGUGUGUCCUGCAGCAGAGAAUCAGAAAGCCCUGAAGACAUCAAAUUAACAAGUAAUCUUUCUGAAGCCUGUGCUAUUAAGCCGAAAUCCAUACGUCGGGCCAAAGCAUGGUCAGAUGAAGUUGAGAAUCUGUACAGAUUUCAGCAAGCUGGAUACAGAGAUGAAAUUGAGUAUAAACAAGUGAAGCACGUUAGUGUGGUGGAAAGGUGGCCAGGAACAGGAUUUGUGAAGAAACUGCAGAGAAGAGACAAUACUUUCUAUUAUUAUGACAGGGAAAGAGAAUGUGCAGACAAAGAAGUCCAUAAAGUUAAAGUUUAUGCUUACUGAUUUUGGUUUGACUAGCUGGUUUUAUUUCUUUUUGUAGAGAAAAAUUUCCAGAAAUUGUUUUAGUUGUGAAUGAAUUCUAAAACAUUAAAUAGUGUUUUUUUCUGAAA